AAAUUUACGUCAAUGCCUAUUGAGUAUUGAUGUACAUGUGUUCAUAAAUGUGCUUGUAAAAAUCGGAAUAUAAGGUGUUAAAUUGUUCGCAUAAUUCGUUAUGACUAUAUGACUAAUUCGUUCAUAUAAUCGACAUUUCAUAUUGUGCCUAUCAGCGGUAGCAUCGACCUUAGAAAAAUGGUUCGACAUAAUAACCAAUUGCCCAAUAAUUUAACUCAACUACAAAAUUUGGUAAAGAGGGACCCAGAUUCUUAUAAAGAUGAAUUUCGACAGCAACUGGCCCACUUUGAUACAACAUUAGAAAUAUUUCAGUUAAAUCCAACACAGUAUAACAAAAAGUUGGAUGAACAAGCAAUGUUUUUGGCGCAGGUUACCCAAUGUUAUCAAAAUGAUAUGAAGACUUUUCCGCAGAAAAUAGUCGAUAUUUUAAAAACACAUAAUACAAUUCUCCACAAUGAUAUGAGAAUGGCCUUAUGUAAAUGUUUAAUUUUGCUGAGAAAUAAAAAUUUUGUAAGCUCAUUUGACUUACUUGAGCUCUUCUUCUCUCUAAUCAAAUGUCAGGACAAAAAUUUAAGAGAAUACCUGAAGACACACAUCAUCACUGACAUUAAAAACUUAAAUAUGAAACAUAAGGAUAUGAAAUUAAAUUCAACAUUACAGAACUUCAUUUUCACUAUGUUGCGUGAUACAAAUGUUAAGACUGCAAAAUUAGCUGUAGACAUCUUGAUUGAGUUGUAUCAUAAAAAUAUAUGGAAUGAUAAUAAGACUGUUAACAUCAUAGCAGAUAUAGGUUGUUUUUCUAAAAUUACUAAAGUAAUGGUAGCAUCGCUCAAAUUUUUUCUGAGUCGAGACGAAGAAGAAAAACCCAAUUCUGAUAGUGAAGAUGAGGUUGACCCAAGAGAUACUAUGAUAUCAAAUAAGUUUAAUAAAAAAACCAGGAAAAGAGAGAAAAUGGUAGAUAAAGUGAAAAAAAUUGCAAAGAAAAUAAAAAAGAGAAAGGAAAAAGCUCCAGUAUUCAAUUUUUCUGCACUUCACCUUAUUAACAAUGCACAAGGGUUUGCUGAAAAGUUAUUUAAACAAGUAGAAUCUUCAAAUGAAAGAUUUGAAGUGAAACUUAUGACAUUGGAUGUAAUUUCAAGAUUAAUUGGUUUGCACAAUUUGUUUUUAUUCAAUUACUAUCCAUUCAUUGCAAGAUUAUUGAUGCCCCAUCAAAGGGAAGUGACAAGAAUUCUUCAGUUUGCAGCUCAAGCUGCUCAUGAAUUGGUUCCACCUGAAGUUAUUGAGCCAGUUAUAAAAGCGAUAGCCAAUAACUUUAUCACUGAAAGAAAUUCAACUGAUGUUAUGGCUGUUGGAUUAAAUGCUGUAAGAGAGAUUUGUACACGAUGCCCUCUUGCAAUAACGGAAGAUCUGCUACAAGAUUUUGUGCAAUACAAGACAUACAAAGAAAAAUCUGUCAUGAUGGCUGCCAGAUCACUCAUUCAACUAUAUAGGCAGUCAAUGCCUAAAAUGUUACAUAAGAAAGAUCGUGGUAGACCUUCUGAAGCUUCAUUGGAAUUAAAAACUAAAAAAUAUGGAGAAAUUGACAUCAAAGAUUAUGUACCCGGCUCGGAAGUGUUAUUGGAGAGUGAGGAAAUUGUAGAAAAAAAGAAGGUUAGUAAGAAGACAAAGAAUGAAAUAGAAGACUCUGAGGAUGAAUGGGUGGAUGUUGCUUCUUCUGAUGAAGACAUACACAUUUCUACUGAUAGUGAAGAAAGUGACAUAAGUGAUAAUGAAGAUGAGGAAGAAGAAAAAGAAGAUGAAGAAACAAAUGCAGAUAAAGAAAAACAAAAUCUUGACAAAAGUGUUGCUGCUAAAAAAAUUGUAAAAACCAAACAACGUAAGUUGACUCCAGAAGAAAUUGAAGCGAAAAUAAAAACUGCCCGUGAGGUUGCAAUGGGUAAAAUUUUUACUGAUGAAGACUUUAAAAGAAUAGAAGCAGCUCAAUUAAAGAAACAUGUAUCUGGUGUAAAACGUAAAAAAGUUGUUGUAGAUGAAGAAGAAGAUUCUUCAGAACUGGUGAAAUUGUCAGAUAUUGAAAAUAUUUACAAAAAAAGAAAACAUGAUAAAAAUGCUAGGCUUGAAACUGUUCUUAAAGGGCGUGAGGAAAGAGAAAAGUUUGGUUUUAAAGAUAGACGGAAAAAUGUUAACUGUUCUAAAACAAAUAGAGAAAAAAGGAAAACUAAAUCAUACCAAAUGAUUAAGCACAAGGCGAAGGGUAAAAUAAAAAGAUCUUUUAAGGAAAAACAAAUUGCCUUCAGAAAUUAUUUGAUAAAACAGAAAAAAAUGAGUUGAAAUUUAAUUAUGUUGUUGUAUACAUUUUGUUUUAUUUUAAU